UUGUCCUUUAUCUUUUUCCAAUUUCAAUUUUGGACUUGGAUAGUUACUGGGAGCUCUUGAUCCUCAAUCAACAACAAAAGCACCUUCAUCAAGGAAGCUAAGAAGCAACUAUGAGUUAUAGAGGUUGAGAUCUAUAUCCAUGACGAGAACAUCCACACCAACAGAAUCAUGGAUCAUUAAAGUAUUGAAGAAAGCAACAUCAUCAUCAUCAUCAUCAUCACCAUCAAUAACCAUAACAAGGCCCUUUUGAAGAUUUAUUGACUCCAAAUGAGUUCUCUGGCCCCUGGGACCAUGAACAGGCAAGGCAACAGAAGAACCACAAAAGAUGGAUCAACCGUUUUGAAAAGCCAGAACCUUGGUCUAUCCCCAAAUAGAUCAUGGCCCCACGUCUCUGCUGCAGCAGGUCAGCACAGAACUGUAUCUGAGAAUUGCUCCAGCUAUGACAUGAACAUUGCCAAAGUAGCUGAUGGAGCAAAAGGCAGUGGAGGGAAAGACUAUGAAGAUCCCGAGACAUUCCCCAUGAGAGGAUUUCAGUCGGUGAAAAUCUUACCUGCCAGACCUAUAGAGGAGUCACAAUAUGCAGAUACACGCUGUUUCCAAGAAAUGGUGAACUCUCACAUUUCUACAGACAUCAAGACCAGUGUUUCCAUGCAGCCUUGGAACUUCCAGAUGAGAUCAGAAGAGGAAAUGCAGAUUCUAGCAGAUAUCCGAGAUCUAAAUCUUAAAGGAGAAAGUGAAGCCAAACGAAUCAAGAAUCCUUUGCCACCUCCUAGGCCUCCAAACAGCCUUCCAAAGAAAUAUCAACCCCUUCCUCCUGAACCAGAAAAGAGUAGGCUCAUUCUAAACCAAAGACAUGAUUUCCCAAAAGUUGACAGAAGCACCAGACAGAUCAGUUUGAAGGAUUUAAGCGAUGUGCAUCAAGGAAAUAAAGUUCCAGAUCACCUGAAGAGGCCUGUUCUGCCUUGCCAAACACAGCAUCAUCUGAAGGAUCAUUCUGUUCCUGUUGCCAGUUCUCUGUUUAUGAUGGCUGACCCAAGUUUUCAAGGCAAAGGGCAGAAAGUAAGCAUGCACCCACCCUCACUCCAGAGAUCCCCCCAACCAGCACAUGACAGCCUUCUUGAGGAUAAGCCUUUGCAUACCAGUUUGCAUCAGAAGAAGUCAGGUCAUGGCAAAUCCAACAAAAAGAGAGAGUCUCCAGAUCACAGACACAACAGGGACCAACAACAGGCUUCCAACCAGCAUGAGUGGUAUUUUGGAGAAUUAAGCCGACAGGAAGGGGAAGAAGCUUUGAUGGAGGAAAACACUGAGGGGACCUUCCUGGUCCGAGAUGGCUCCAAGAAAUCAGUGGCUGAACCCUAUGUUUUGGUGGUGUUUCAUAGGGAAAAAGUAUAUAACAUUAAGAUCCGUUUCCUGGAGAGGAGUCAGCAGUUUGCCCUUGGGACAGGAGUCAGAGGAAAUAAUAAAUUUGAUUCAGUAGAAGAUAUAAUUGAGUACCACAAAUUCUUUCCUAUUGUGCUUAUUGAUGGGAAAGAUCAAACAGGAACCCACCGAGAGCUCUGUUACCUCAAGGAGCCUCUCUCACCCAGCAGAAUCUACUCAUCCUAAGAGGGAAUGAGGUCUUUAUUUUACCUUUAUUUCAAAAGAUCUAGUAUUCAUGACAUUCUGCAGAGAAUUCAAGAGAUGACCAGUUGAUUUCGUUAUGAGUGGAAGAUGGACAUUCUCCAGUAAAAACUGGAAAUAUGUGCUCUGAAAAAUGUCUCCUUAACAGCUUAAGUAAUGUCCAAGAACUAUCAAACUGGAGAAUGAACAAUUAUAACCUAGAACUCUUAGUUUAGAAAUUUCUAUUGGUUUGGUGAUAUUGAAAUAGAGUGCAGAAUUGAGUAACAUCUUUGACUGAUUCAAAGCUUACUGAUAGAAACCUAUAAAAAAGGAAAAAACUCUCAGCAAAUAGAUGCAGAAAGACACACAGAUCAAGGAAGUAACACCUAGGUAGGAAAGUCCGGCCAUCCUCACUCACUGAUGAUACUAUUCAACCUAUGGGGCAGGCAUUUCGGUCUAGCUGAAGUUGAAAGGUGCCCUGAGGAAGAAAAAGUAAGAAGUAUAUGCCAGUAGAGUCAAGCCACCAGUACCAUCUUCCCUCAGCUCUCAAUGAAGUUAGCUUAGGACUUUAAAGCUAAGAGCCUUGGGAAUACCUGCACUAUGUAAACCACUGGCUCUGCUUCUAGUCGGUGGUCCCUACAGCCAUUACUGAAAAGAGCAGUCACUGUGAAGAAGAGAUCUACCUUCCUCAUCACUACUAAAUGAUAACCAACUGCCACUGACAAGAAAGUAAGAUCAAGAGCCCUUGGAUUGUCAGCUCCCUCCACAUUCACCACCAGUACUACUUCCAGUUGAUCCUCCAAAGCCAUCAUCCUGUGAAUCAAACACUAUGGAGAGAGGACCUGAAGAAUACUUCUGUAGGUGUUACAGGUCAAUCACCAUGGAGCAGUGUCCAUGAAUCAAACUGGAGAAUGAACUACCCCUCCCUCUUCAGCAACAACAGAUACCAAAGACCCAGAAAAGACUUAAAGGGUCACAGAUCUUUUCUGAUGAGGUAGAUCUUAUCCAGGCUGAAACUGAGGAUGAUGGUAACUAGCUCCUUCUUCACCAAAGACCUUGGCACUGUCAUAAGUUUCAACAUUAGGAGGAGAUAUCAUUUUUUUCAGUGGAAAUUACAUUUAAAAAGAUACAUUAAAAACUGCUUUGAUGAGGCACUCUAAGUACAAGAGAACCUAACCAUCUAACUUAUGACUGAAACUCAAUAUAGAAUGAGAGUUCCUUGAGAGCAGGGACUAGCUCUGCUUUUCCAUUUUUAUCCCUAACACUUAACACAGUGUUUUGCACACAGUAAACACUCGAUAUUUGAUUUUUCUUUCACUUAUUACAGACUUAGAAUAGACCUAUUAUAAUAAGAUUUGGCAGACAGAAAACAAAUAACAAUAAUAAACACAACUGUAAUGUAAGGAAGUUUAGGAUCAGCCUCCCAAAGGGGUAGCAUUUGAGCUGGACCCUGAAGGAAGGUAAGGAUUCUAUGAGAGUAAGGUGAGGAGGGAGAACAUUCCAGGUCUGGGGGACAACCAAUGCGAAGAUCCAGAGAUGGAAAAUUGAAUGUCAAGUAUAAGGGAUACCAAAUUAGCCAGUAUGGCUGGCACUUGGAGUUAGUAAAAUAGAGUAGGAUGAACUUAAUCAUAAAAAGGAGGAGGAUGGUGGCAAAAUGGAUUAGAAAGCAAAACAAUAAUUUGCUCUAUACAAGAAGCACAUCUAAAACAUAAAAACUAAUGAUGAAUUAAAAUCAGGGGUUAGACUAAAACUUCUUAUUCUUUCACUGAAUAUAAAAAAGCUUAAGUGGCAGUCAUCCUCUAGGAAAAGGCAAUAGUAAAAGUUUAUACAGUCAGAGAUAAGCACAGAAACUGCAUUAUUUAGGCACUAUAGAAAUGGAACACACACACAGACACACAGACAUACAACAUGCCUCUAAGAUUUAGAUGUGAUAUAUUUGGUGAUUGAUGAAUGGGAAUCAUAAAGAAUAUAUCAAUUCUUUAGCAUUGCAUGGUGCCUUUACAAAAUCCUAAGACAGGACAUAAGGAGCCCAUAAACAGAUAUAGACAAACCAAAAUACUCCAAACAUUCUUCAUAGAUUAUAAUGCAAUAAACAUUAUAACCAAUAAAUAAAACAUUAAUAAAGGACUGAGAGGCCAAAUAAUUAUAUCCUAAAGAAUAAGUGGGUCAAAGAACAAUAAUAAGAAUACUAAAUAAUUAUAUUAAAGAAAAUAAGGAGAUAGCAUGCCAAAAUGUGUGGGAGCAAAUCUAAAGCCAUCCUUGGGAGAAAAGUAUGUCUUUGAACACAUAUUAACAAAAGAGAGAAAGAGAAGACCAAUUAGUUGAACAUGAAAUCACAAGCAAAUAAAUUAACUAAACAAUCCCAAAAGAAGCACAAAAGUAGAAAUCCUAAAAAUAAGAUAAACAAAUACAAAAACAAAAAAACCCUAUGUAACUGAUAAAAUAAAAAUAAGAACUGAUUUUUGAAAAGACCAAUGAAAUAUCAACCAAUCAAUAAAUACUUGUUAAAUGUCUACUCUUCAGGCUGUGUGCUAUAUACAAGAGAUAUAAAUACAAGUAACAAAUCAUUCCCUGUGUUUUCAAGGAAUUUGCAUUCUAAUGAGAGACAAGUACAUAUGCAAGUAUAUACAAAAUAAAUAUAAAUAAGUACAAUGUAAUUAAAUAUAAUGUAGUUGAGAGGGCACUAACUUGAGAUCAUAAAAGGCUUCACAUAGAAGGUGGUGAUUGACCUUCAUCUCGAAGGAAGAGGGAUUCUAUGAAGUGGAGGUGAGGAGAGAAUGUAGUCCAGCCAUGGGAGAAAUUCAGUACAAAGACAAGGAAAUGGGUAACAGACAGCCAUGUCUGAGGAACAGAUAGAAGGUCAAUUUGGUUGGGUCACAGAUUAUGGGAAAGGGAGUAAUGUUCAAUGAUUCUGGAAAGAUAAAUUGGGGGCCAAAAUGUAGAAGGCUUUAAAACUUCAACAGAGGAGUUAUAUUUGGUCCUAGAGUCAACAGGAAAUUUAUUUCACAGGACAGUGACAUAGUCAGAUUUGUGCUUAAAGAAAAUUACUUGGCAGCUGAGUGAAGCAGUGAGAAAUACUUGACGCAGGGAGAGCAAUUCAAAAGCUAUUAAAAUAAUUUAGAUGAAGGGUCUUAAUUUGUUGAAUGAAAGUAGUUGUGUGAACAGAGAGAAGGGGGUAAGAUAAAUGAGAGGUAAAAAAUGUAAAAUUUGGCAACUGGAUGUGGGGGAUGAGGAAAAAUGAAGAAUCAAGGAUAAUGUCAAGGUUAUAAAUUGAAAGACUAAAAGAAUGGUAGUACCUUGACAGAAAUAGAUAAAUAUUAAAGAGGGGUAGGUUUGGGGGAUAAAGACAACAAAUUCAGUCCUGGAAAUGUUGAAUUUGGGAUGUCUCCAGGAAAUGCAGUUAGAAAUAUUUGUAGAAAAAAAGUAAGGAAUAAAAGCUUUCUCAGUAAUAUCAGGAGUAAAGCAUGCAUGCUCAUUGUCUUCAUUCCCAUUUAACUGACCUGCAAGAAAUACUAGGUAUAGCAAUGACAAGAAAAAUAAACUGAGGAAAUAAGCAUAAAGAGGAGAAACAGUAUUAUCUCAGUUAUGGUGUUGAGAACCAAUUGUAACAAAUUUAAGGUGAUUAAUGGCUUUGAUAAAGAAAAACCCAGAAGGAGAGAUAGGAAACUAAAUUUGAUUUAAAAAUACAACAAAAUACAACAAUAAAUGCAGUAAGUAUCUGGGAGUUGACAUACCAAAACACAUGAAGGUCUUUAGUCUACAACUAAAACCAAUUUUUACACACACAAAAAACCCUUAAUACUUGGAAAAGUAUUUAACAUGCAUGGCAGAGCCGUAUCAAUUUAAUAAAAAAUCAUAUUACCCAAAUAAUGCUACAAAGUUAGUGCUAUACCAAUCAGAUCACCAAAGGGGUAUUUUAUAAAAUUAGAUAAAAUAAUAAAAUUUGUUUGGAAGCACAAAAGGUCAAGAAUAUGAAGGUAUAUUCUAUGUAACUUCCAGAGUUAGAGAGUUGCCUAGAGUACUGAGAGAUUAAAUGAUUUGUCUGGGGUCAUAUGGUCAGUAUAUGUGAGAGGCAGGAUUUGAACCCAUAUUUUCCUAGCUUUAAGAUUGGCUCUCUAUACAUUACUAUACUAUUUUAAAAAUAAAAUUAAAUUUUAGUAUAACCCCAUUACCACACAUAUCAAUGCUUGGCAAAAUCUCACAAAUAGCAUAUGCUCAAUAAAUAGUUGUGGAUUGAAUUAAUGUAUGGUGGCAGAUGUCACAUCUCCCUUAGAGGUUAACUAGAUCUGAUCAGUCUUGUCCUACAUGUAGUUAUGCCAGAUGGGGAAGAAGGAAUAUGGUAUCAGUAGAUUAUAUGUAAUCUAUGGAGUGUGUGAGUUUUGUUUAUGCAUGAAUAUAUGUGAAUCCAUCCAAUAAAUAUCUAUGAUGUAACAGAAAAAGAAAGAUUAUGAAGGUGUAUAAUUUUUAAAAGUACAA